CUUUUUUCUAAACUGUCCUUUCAUCUUCAUCAAAUCUCUUCUAGUUUUUCCUCAUAUGACACAAAUUGAUUCCUUCUAUUCAAAUGCUUAAUAAUUCAAGAGAUAAUUAGUCGUUUGAGCCCUAUCUUGUUGUUGGCAAAAUACACUCAGCUGUGUCCAAAGGAGAGCAUCAACUGACCAAUUAAUAUUUAUUGUUGUUAAUCUUCCUUUUGGGAGUCUCCCAAACUUUAAACCUUUACCUCCAAACCAACAGAUACCGCGGCCCCACAAAUGACCACUCUUCCCAGGAGCUCAAUUCUGCACUCCUUCUUAAAUAAACCUAACUUUUCUAACUCUAUAGGACUUUGGAAUAGCCCACUUGACUAGGAGAAGGGGAAGAAUGUUUGUAAAUUUACAUCUAAUCGGACUUUGAUUCUUAUUAUAUUAAGUCAGCAAAAAAUUCUUUGCGUUGUGAUUUUUAGGUUCAACGUAGGGGAUCGAUUCAGAUAAAACAAUACUUAUAGUCACUUCCCUUUUACUUAAUUUAACCACCAAUUCCCCUGCCCACCCGGGUCACAUGGGCCAGCCCAGCUCGCCCCGCCCCGUUCCGCACGCAGGCGGAGAUUGGUCCCACCGAGCUAGGUGGCGGGAAAGGUUGCGGCCCGGCACCUAAAGGCCGCUGGCCCCCCGGGGAUCCUGAGGACCGGCGGGGUGCGGGACUCAUCGUUUUUGUCUCCCCUGUCUCCACCUGCUUUACAUCUUUAUUGGCUGCUCCACUGAUGCUUGGACUUGUACACGAUGAAUUGUGAACUUCUAGCUACAUGUAGUGCCCUUGGGUACUUGGAGGGAGACAUUUACCACAAGGAACCAGAUUGCUUAGAGAGUGUGAAGGAUUUGAUCCGCUACUUGAGGCAUGAGGAUGAGACUCGAGAUGUGCGGCAGCAGCUGGGGGCAGCCCAGAUCCUGCAGAGUGACCUUCUCCCCAUCCUUACCCAACACCGCCAGGACAAGGCUCUCUUUGAUGCUGUUAUCAGGCUGAUGGUGAACUUGACACAACCAGCUUUACUCUGUUUUGGCAGUGUGCCCAAGGAGCCUAGCUUCCGACACCAUUUUCUGCAGGUGCUGGCUUAUUUGCAGGCCUACAAAGAGGCCUUUGCCAGUGAGAAGGCUUUUGGGGUCCUCAGCGAAACCUUGUAUGAGUUGCUGCAGCUGGGCUGGGAGGAACGGCAGGAGGAAGACAAUUUGCUGAUUGAACGCAUCCUGCUACUGGUCAGAAAUAUUCUCCACGUUCCAGCCGAUCUUGAUCAGGAGAAGAGGAUUGAUGAUGAUGCCAGUGUUCAUGACCAGCUUCUCUGGGCAAUUCAUCUCAGUGGCCUGGAUGACCUGCUCCUCUUCCUGGCCAGCUCGCCCACUGAGCAGCAGUGGAGCCUACACGUGCUAGAGGUCAUUUCCCUUAUGUUUCGUGACCAGAACCCUGAGCAGCUGGCGGGAGUAGGACAGGGACGCUCAGCUCAGGAACGAAGCACAGAUGUGGCAGAACUAGAGGUGUUGCGCCAGCGAGAGAUGGCAGAAAAGAAGACUCGAGCCCUUCAGCGAGGCAACAGGCAUUCUCGAUUUGGGGGCUCCUACAUUGUCCAGGGGUUGAAAUCCAUUGGAGAGAGGGACCUCAUCUUUCACAAAGGUCUCCACAAUCUCCGAAACUACAGUUCAGAUUUGGGAAAGCAGCCCCGAAGGGUGCCUAAACGUCGCCAGGCUGCCCAGGAUCUGUCCGUUCAGCGCCGCUCUGCCCUCAAUGUGAGACUCUUCCUCAGAGACUUCUGCUCUGAGUUCCUGGAGAACUGUUAUAACCGGCUCAUGGGCUUGGUGAAGGAUAACCUGCUUCGGGAGAAAGCUCAGCAGCAUGAUGAGACCUACUACAUGUGGGCCUUGGCUUUCUUCAUGGCCUUCAACCGGGCUGCCUCCUUCCAGCCAGGCCUGGUCUCUGAGACCCUCAGUGUCCGUACCUUCCACUUCAUUGAGCAGAACCUCACCAACUACUAUGAGAUGAUGCUGACUGACCGCAAAGAAGCUGCCUCCUGGGCACGCCGGAUGCACCUGGCUCUGAAAGCCUAUCAGGAGCUGCUGGCCACAGUAAAUGAGAUGGACAUGUCACCAGAAGAGGCUGUGAGGGAGAGUGGCCGCAUCAUCAAAAACAACAUUUUCUAUGUGAUGGAGUAUCGAGAACUAUUCCUGGCACUCUUUCGAAAGUUUGAUGAGAGAUACCAGCCCCGCUCUUUCCUUAUUGACCUGGUGGAAACCACUCACCUCUUCCUCAAGAUGUUGGAGCGGUUCUGUCGGAGCCGAGGGAACCUGGUGGUGCAGAACAAACGAAAGAAGAGAAAGAAGAAAAAGAAGCCCGUUGCUUCUGGUAAUGUCCCGUGUAGCUCAGGGGAACUGGAGGCCCUGUGGCUAUCCCUGGCUGAGCAGCUACAGUGCUGUACCCAGGAUCCUGAGCUCAGUCUGGACUCCAUGGUUCCCUUUGAUGCGGCCUCAGAGGUGCCAGUGGAAGAGCAGCGGGCAGAGGCCAUGGUGCGGAUCCAAGACUGUCUGCUGGCUGGCCAGGCCCCACAGGCCCUGACUCUCCUUAGGUCGGCCCGAGAGGUGUGGCCAGAAGGAGAUGUGUUUGGCUCUCAAGACAUUUCCCCAGAGGAAGAGAUUCAGCUGCUGAAACAGAUCCUUUGUGCCCCGCUUCCCAGGCAGCAGGGGCCAGAGGAACGAGGGGCAGAGGAGGAAGAGGAAGAAGAAGAAGAGGAGGAGGAGGAAGAAUUGCAAGUGGUCCAGGUGUCAGAGAAAGAAUUUAAUUUUCUGGACUACCUGAAACGCUUUGCCAGCUCAACUGUCAUCCGAGCCUACGUGCUGCUGCUGCGGAGCUACCGGCAGAAUAGUGCACACACUAACCACUGCAUUGUCAAGAUGCUGCACCGGCUGGCCCAUGACCUCAAAAUGGAAGCUCUUCUUUUCCAGCUGUCACUCUUCUGCCUCUUCAGUCGUCUGCUUAGUGACCCUGCCGCUGGGGCCUACAAAGAGCUCGUGACUUUUGCAAAAUACAUCUUGGGUAAGUUCUUUGCAUUGGCCGCAGUCAACCAAAAAGCCUAUGUGGAGCUGCUGUUCUGGAAGAACACAUCUGUGGUUCGAGAGAUGACUGAAGGCUAUGGCUCCCUGGAUGACGGAUCUAGUCAUAAACCUCCUGUGUGGAGCCCAGAGGAGGAGGCCCAGCUUCAGGAACUGUACCUUGCCCAUAAGGAUGUAGAAGGUCAGGAUGUGGUAGACACCAUCUUGGCACACCUCAAUACUGUUCCUCGAACACGUAAGCAGGUCAUCCACCAUCUGGUACGGCUGGGACUGGCUGACAGUGUCAAGGACUUUCAAAGGAAAGGAACCCGUAUUGUACUGUGGACAGAAGAUCAGGAGCUGGAGCUGCAGCGGCUUUUUGAGGAGUUUCAGGACUCAGAUGAUGUCCUGGGUCGUAUCAUGAAGAAUAUCACAGCCAAACACUCACGGGCUCGAAUAGUGGAUAAACUACUGGCUCUGGGGCUGGUGGCUGAGCGGCGGGAGCUAUACAAAAAACGCCGGAAGAAGUUGGCACCCUCAGGCUUGCCUAAUGGAGAGGAGUCCCUGAAAAAUAUUUGCCAGGAAAAUCUGGAAGAAGAGGAAAACCUGUCAGAGGAAGAGAGUGAAGAAAAUGAAGAGAAAGAGGAAGGCUCAGAAGCAGAACAAACGCCCCAGGGGAGCACAGACCUAUCAAUUGAAAACCUUGGGCAAAGCCUGCAUCAGGAAGGCUUUUUGGCUCCUCUCCUAUGGCUCCAGAACUGCCUGAUUCAAGUAGCAGAUGAUCGGGAAGAGGAUGGCUGCUCCCAGGCAGUUCCACUGGUGCCAUUGACAGAAGAAAAUGAGGAAGCAAUGGAAAAUAGACAGUUUCAGCAGCUGUUGCGCAAGCUAGGGGUUCGACCUCCUGCCUCUGGGCAGGAAACCUUCUGGCGAAUUCCAGCCAAGCUGAGUCCCACCCAGCUCCGGAGGGUAGCAGCUUCUUUGAAGAAGGAAGAGGUAAAGCUUCAACAAGGGCCAGACCCUCAAGUCCCUGAAGAGCAAGUCCCCAAGGAAGAGCACCGAAAGGAACACCGAGCACAAGCCCUGAGGGCCCUCCAGUUAGCCCGGGGGAAAAAAGCAGGCCUGGUGUCUCCAGCAGAGGCAGGGACUACUGGUGGGAAAGAGCAGCUGAAAGUGGCCCCCAAGAAGCGACAACUGCUGGACAGCGAUGAAGAACAGGAGGAAGAUGAGAGCAGGAGCAAAGCGCCAGAGCUGGGAGCUCCAGGAAUCCAAAAGAAGAAACGGUUUCAGAUUGAGGAUGAAGAUGAGAGCGACUGAAACCUAAGGGUAGAAAUAGACCUGUAUUUAGGUG